AAAUUUUAUGCGGGUAUUUCCAAGGUUAUAAACGCCUACAUAAACGUGACGUCUUUUAUACUCUGACACCAUAUUAAUUCAAACUUUUAAAGUGUGGAAACGCUACUACUAAAUUUUAACAUUUAUAAUCAACAUGUCUGCUAUUUCAGUUUGUUUCCUAUUCAUUUUCAGCUUCACUUUUCAAUUAACAUUAAGCCUGCCUGCAACAACAACAACUGCUACUGAUGAUAUAUCCGGCCAAACGACAACUAACAGUAAAGAACAGUUGAAUAAUACUAAUGCAUAUGCUUAUAAAAUACCAGAUGCAAAUAGUAGUGAAGAUGAUGCGAAUUGGACAGUUAUUUCACAUGAUGCACUUCAUGAAGCACUGAAUUCUACAGAUGAUUCAUUAGAUCAUGGGGAUGAGACAACGGAAGGCGGACUUGAUAAGACUACAACACCAACAGUAUUGUCGACUACUGUCAGUGAAACAGCUGAAGAAUCAUCCUCUGCCUCAUCACAAAAGUCUGGAAAACAACAACAGCAACAACAACCGAGUGAUACCGAAGACAAAAAGACAGUAAAUGAAGGUGAAAAACAGACAGCAGCCAAGUCAGCUAAAUCUACUACAGCUUCUGAAGAAACAGCUGUUUAAAUUGGGAUUCAAUUUACCUGUGGGAAAUUGGUUAUUUUAACAAAAAACAAAAACAAACAAAGUUAACGCACAGAUUAUAAAGAUGAGUGAUUGACUGUAAAAUUAGAAACUUUACUCUAUUAAAUUUGGC